AUGUCUAGCGAUUUUCUGCAAAAAGGCAUUGCCCAGGUACAAUUAGCGGUCGAGGCCGAUAAUGCCGGGCGUUACGCAGAAGCAUACAAGCUGUAUUUCACAGGUCUUGAUUAUUUUAUUACUGCGGUCAAGUAUGAAAAGAACCAGAAGACAAAAGACCUCAUCAACCAAAAAGCUGCAGAGUACAUGACCAGAGCAGAGCAGCUGAAAGAACACUUGGACAAGCUGUCCAAACAGAGCGGCCCCUCUGAGCAAUCAUCGGGGGGCGGCAACACCAAGGCGAAAAAGCCUGGCGCACCGGACGAAGAGAACGAAACAAAGAAACUUAGAGGAGCAAUUCAGGGAGCAAUUGUGAGCGAAAAACCAAACGUGCACUGGGACGACAUCGCCGGGUUGGAUGGUGCAAAAGAGGCCCUCAAGGAGGCAGUCAUUUUACCAGUCAAGUUCCCACAUCUAUUCACAGGCAAUCGCAAGCCAGUCACUGGCAUUUUAUUAUAUGGACCUCCCGGUACGGGCAAGUCCUACUUGGCGAAAGCCGUGGCCACAGAAGCAAAUUCCACGUUUUUUUCCGUAUCAUCUUCUGACCUGGUUUCCAAAUGGAUGGGUGAAUCAGAGCGCUUGGUAAAGCAAUUAUUUACAAUGGCUCGUGAAAGUAAACCGUCGAUCAUUUUCAUUGACGAAGUCGAUGCUUUGUGCGGCCCCCGUGACGAAGGUGGCUCUGAAGCCAGCCGGCGCAUCAUCACUGAACUGCUGGUCCAAAUGAACGGUGUCGGACAAGAUCAGGACGGAGUUCUGGUGCUCGGCGCUACCAAUAUCCCCUGGCAGCUUGAUGCGGCUGUAAGACGGCGCUUCGAACGUCGCAUCUACAUCCCCCUCCCCGAUGCUGCCGCCAGAGCCAGAAUGUUCGAAAUCAACGUUGGCGAUACACCUUGUGGUCUGUCUGCUAGCGAUUUCCGUGAUCUUGCUGAAAUGUGCCAGGGCUACAGUGGUCACGACGUGGCGGUGGUUGUUAGAGAUGCCCUCAUGCAGCCAGUUCGCAAAGUGCAAGCAGCCACUCAUUUCAAAGAAACACCAGAGUCAACGCCAACCGACAGAAAGCUUGUUCCGUGUUCUCCAGGGGAUCCAGGAGCCAUGGAAAUGGGUUGGAUGGAUGUUGAUUCUCAUGAGCUUGUUCUGCCCGAGCUCACAAUCAAAGACUUUAUCAAAAGUAUCGGUAAUACGCGCCCCACUGUUAAUGACAACGACCUCGUCAAACAAAUCAAAUUCACAGACGAUUUCGGACAAGAAGGCGCUUGA